ACACUCCUACAUGCAUUGAGUGAAACACUCAGACCCACACACUGAAUCCUCCAGCAGAGAUAAAAGACACUGUGUUGGUCUGAGAAAGAGGGAAAGGGAGGGAGACGGAGAGAGGAAGAAGAGGAAGAAGUGGUUCCCUCCUUUCUUUUAUUCACUUCCCCUCUUCUUCUGCACUGAGACGACCUCACCGCUCAGCCGCCGUGUACAAUACAUUUGAUGCCGAGUGGAAGAAUCUGACCUCCAUCACACAAGGACCAUAACAGAUCACAUGCAGUCUCAGCAGCCUGUGGAAGUGGUCGGUGAUCCGAAUGGCUCCCGGGGCAUCAUCUACCACUCCGAGGGGCCCGGAGUUUCCUCGGGACAGCGGAUGCUUACCUCUCCAGAGAUGACCCAGGAAGUGGUCAUCUCCCCCGGACUCCCCACUCCUCCGCUGAGCCCUUUCCGCUCAGCACAGCAGCCAUCUGGAGAGUUCAAGGUCCCUGAUGUAAAUGGAAGUGGAACUCUCAGCUUUGGAUCGUAUUAUGGCCCCUCUCAGUCACAUGGUGGUUUGUCCAACGGCGUCCAUGCUUCGUCCACUUUACCGCGCAGCUGGACGCCGGCCAGAGAAGAGAGACUCAUCAAGUACUCUGGAAUCGGUCCAGUGGAUGAAACCGGGAUGCCCAUCGCCUCCAGAUCCAGUGUGAACAAGCCCAGAGACUGGUACAAGAGCAUGUUCAGACAGAUUCACAAGAAGCCAGAGGAAUCUGAAAUGGAAGAGUCAGAUCAAUGGUUAGCCGAACGACUCAGCCGGUUAUCUGCCAACACAGACGAAAACAACGACGCAGACGGGAAUCUGUUCAGACUGACGCCACACGGAGCUCUACCAGACUGGAGUGAGGACGUAGAUAAGCUGUCAGACCUGGGAAAGCAGCCGACUCAGCCGAGGAGCAUAUUCGACUUUGAACCAGGGAAGAGCAGCAGCGGAGGCAGCGGCAGCAGUAGCAGCAGUCAGACGUAUUUAUCUCCGAAGACACAGCCCGAGAAACCAAAGUCCCCCUCACUGGAGGCCAGUCUGGUCUCUGAGCUGAGUCGCUUCGAGGCUGAGCUGGACUCGGAGAUCCAGGGUCUGGAGAGGAGACUUUCCCAGAAGCAGCAUCAGCAGCAGCAGCAGCAGCCGCAGCAUCGAGGCCGGGGUGAGGAGGCCAGAGGCAGAGAUCCAGCAGCUGCUCCAAAGACUGGAACUGCAAACUACAGCAAUUUUUCAGCCCCAAAGCAGCCUGUGCAUCGCUCUGUUGGCACAUCACUGACUUCUGCUCCCACCUAUGUAGAACGUCUUUCCCCUGCCCAUGACACCAUGGAGCUUCCAGUUAAGAAAGAGGAGAAAAAGAUAAAGCAGAGAGCAGCGAGAGCCAAGUUCAAUUUCAAGGCUCAGUCGCCCAAGGAGCUCACACUGCAGAAAGGAGACAUUGUUUACAUCCACAGGCAGGUUGAUGCCAAUUGGUUUGAAGGAGAACAUCACGGAAGAGCUGGGAUUUUCCCCACAUCUUAUGUAGAGGUUCUUGCUCCUACAGAGAAGCCGACACCUAUAAAGUCUCCCACUCUGCAGGUGCUGGACUACGGGGAAGCUGUAGCUCUUUAUAACUUCAACGCUGAUCUACCAGUUGAACUGUCCUUUCGUAAAGGUGAAGUGAUCAGCAUAAGCAGGCGUGUUGAUGACAAGUGGUUGGAGGGCAGGAUCUCGGGGACGAGCCGGAGCGGCAUCUUCCCAGCCACAUACGUCCAGGUCAACAAGAUGCCUCGCACCAGAUACUCCUCCUCUGACGACUACUCACCCAUGUCCCCCACGUCGCCCGGUCCCCAGAGUCCGGGCCGUCCACUCCACUCACCCUGUCCACGCUCACCAUUCACCCCCACGUCCCUCAGCCCCAGAUCUGAGCACUCCCCACUGAAGCCGUCUUCACCCGCACCGUAUGGCAGCCCACUCUCACAGUCGCGCUCCCCCACACUGACAGCCAACGACACGGCCUACCCGUGGCCCCAGAGCCCGCACAAAACGACGUCACCUACCACCCACCAGAACAGCCACUGGUCUGGGACUCACUCUCCCAAACAGAACUCCACAGCUCGAGCCGUUUCACCGUCCACUCAGUCAGCGUCUGCACACAGAGCAGGAGGCGCCGUGGAGAACACUUCCAGACACACUGAUCCCUCACAGGGUGCUCCGUCUAAUCCACACGUCAACUCCCAGCCACAAACUGGUGCAACAGUGGGCCAGCGCCAACCGUACAAGGCCGUUUACAACUACAAACCACAGAAUUCAGAUGAGCUGGAGCUCAGAGAAGGAGACGUUGUACAAGUGAUGGAGAAAUGUGACGAUGGCUGGUUUGUAGGUACGUCAGAGAGGACUCGUGCUUUUGGAACUUUUCCCGGAAAUUACGUGGCACCAGUUUGACUCCCGCACUUCCCUUCACUCACCCGCAUCUGUCUGGACUCAAAACGAGCCCCGAGUUCUCGCUUCAGUUCACUCUGACAGAAACAGCUUUGACACCCCUGCAGCAUUUGGGUCGUUCCAUUACCCGCCACACUCCACAGCCUGGUUUGGUCCAAACCCUGCAUGUUUCCUCUGUUUCCCAGAAGUGAGGUGAAGACAGGGGCACCGUGUGUGGUUUCUCACUUCCCUGCAUGAGUGUGUGUUGCACUGAGACUCAGAGAGUGUUUUCGCACACACACACACACACACACACACACACACACACACACACACACACAGGAAAGAAUGAAUGCUGAUGAUACUGUUUCACAUGCAAAGAAUGGUCUUUUUUGUUCCACAGCUAUUUGCAGCUGCAGGAAAAUUUGCAUUCUUUGCCUCUGAACAGCACAGAUGUCCACUUCUGAUGUCCCCACAAUGCCGGCACCAACCACUGCUGACGAAUGUGAAUGAGGAUGGUACACACACCCCCCGCCCCAAGCAUUUGUUGAAUCACUAAUUUUCUUUUCCUUUUUCAAAUUAUCUCCUCCAGAUUUCCAUUCCGAUCUCUGAAAAAAACCAAUCCCUGGGCAAAUUUGUGGAAACAACAUGAACCUCUGUAGAAGUGUGCUCAGCAGCACAGUAAGGGCUCGGACAUGUCAAGAUAAGUUUACCGCCUUUUAAAAAGGGGCUUUGCAGAAGAGCGAACGUAAUUAAUGCAUGUUUAUAAAAUGUGUUCAUUAUAUCUAGACUGUUUGGCUUUGUUGUGUGUGUGAUGUUUGUCCCUCAAGUCAUGCAGAUGAUUUGCCAAAGGUGAAAGUAAAGAGACAGAUUGUGUCCUAGGGCUGUCACUUUUAACAAAAAUUAGGUUUGAACGAAUAUUUCAUGACGCACUGUUCCUUUGGAGACGGUCGGAUAUUCCCCCAUACACACACACAACUCAUUGUCUACCGCUUUAUCUUCCAAACGAGGGUCACAAGGGGAGGAGCCAAUCCCAACUGACAUAUGGCGAAAGGCGGGGUCACACCCUGGAUAGUGUCCAAUUAACCUCUGCAUCUAUUUGGACUGUGGGAGGAAACCGGAUUACCCAAAGAAUGCCUACUCACAUACACACACACAGGAUUCAAACCAGCAACCUUCUUGCUGUGAGGCAACAGUGGUAGCCACUCGACCACCUUUGACCACACAUACAUUCACGCAAACAUGACAUUAUUUAUUAUUACUUUUACUACUAGUUUAGGAGGUCACAAGAACCUCACUCGGUUGGAGCUAACAGCUAAGCUAACAGUGAGUCAGCAGAUUUGUUGGCUAAUUUGCUGCGGUGUAGAACCUGAGAUACUUAGACACAAAUUCAGAAAUUCAGAGUCAUAAUUGUCCUCCAUGUUUACAGAGGAACCAGUCAUGACGUCACUAAUCAGAGACUGACUUUCUACUUCGGCGCCUUGAGAUUUACAGAUUAGUUUGCGCCAUGUUGACGUUAAGGCAGACGUGUCUUAAUAGCAUA